CACUCACCACUACUUUCCCCGCAGGUCGAGAGCCGGACGGAAUGCAGCAGGCCGAGGUCGACUACACCGCUGACCUCCUUGAUCACCUGCUUGGACGCGCCCAGAACCGCGAGGAUACGGCAGCAAUGUCUCGCGAUAAGAAAUGGAGGUCCUGCAUCCGCCGCGGGGGUGCCUGUGACCACCGCCCUAACGAUUGCUGCUACAACUCCUCCUGCCGGUGCAACCUGUGGGGGACCAACUGCAGGUGCCAGCGUAUGGGUAUCUUCCAGAACUGGGGGAAAUAAAGUGUUGAAGCCGCCGUCAGUCACUCGCUUCCCCAGUGUCGCCCCGGGGACCUUACCGCACCUCGACUGCCUCCUUGUCGCUAACUUCCCCUUCCCUCCCUUUUCUUCCACCUCCCGAUGCUCUCCCGCCCUCCGCUCUCUGAUGGUUGAGCCCUUCUCCUAUCGCGUCUUGUUCCCCAUCGCGUCUUCGCCCCUGAUUCGCCUCCCCACCACCGCUCUCCGCAAUCUGAUCCUCCCUCCCCGUGAGAUCCCUGGCCGUACGCGUCCAGCCAGCCCCUGAGAGUAAGAGUUCUGUCUCAUUCUAUCGGAACACAUAUCAGUCACUCAUACGACAAGCAUUCGACUGACGGACGACGCCAUUUGUUUGGUGUGUAUAUAGAGGUAGAAAUAAAACAGAAAACAAACAUAAUAAUAAUAAUAAUAAUAAUAAUAAUAAUAAUAAUAAUAAUAAUAAUAAUAAUAAUAAUAAUAAUAAUACAAGAGAUGUUCAUUAAAUCUAGAAUUCCCUCUUCCUGGUCCUCCUCAUCCUUCCAAUCCUGCUCGCGCCCCAACCCUUCCCCACUCACCCCCUUCCUCUCCCUCCCCUCUCCCCGCAAUAUAUAUGUGUCCCCGUGACGGGUUUUGGUCGAGGUCAGCGGAGCGUCUCUCCCCACCUGUGUGUUGGGUGUACUCUUGUGUGGUUCAGGUAUAAUUAUAUCGCCGGUAACCUCCACUAAUUAUGUUUAAACGAUGCAUGUUCUUGGUUGCUGAUCGGAUAUGAGCUAUACUGCGGUGUGGAUAUUAGUCACUGGCUGAUCCCCUCCUCCAGCCACUUGAAUUAGCCAGUCACAAUACUCACACCCCCAAGCCAGGAUCUGAUUGGGUAUACUCCAGCCACAUACCCUAAUCAGGCCCAGGCUUAACGUAUCUAACCUGUAUCUUUUUAAACGAGAGAAUUUUAAAUCAGAGUGAUUAUCGAGUCAUAUGGUAUAGAUAUAUCAUAUAUAUAUAAUAAAGUGUCUAUGUGUA